AUGGCCUUUAUAAACUUGGACCAGCAACGUUUUCUUGAGCGUUCUCAACAAGAACGCAAGGAGCGAGAACAAGAACGGGUCCGACAAGUACUGUUCUCAGCGAUUGGGGCAGUUGCAAGGGGAUAUCUAGUUCGAAAAGAUCUCCGGCGAAAAGUUUUGUAGGUUUUAAUUAUCCGCUUCUUAUUUCCUUCUUCAAUGUUUUAGAAAUGAGUUCCAUGAGGCGUUUGGCAAUGAUGGUAUGAAAGUAAAUGGAAACACAAAGCUGCUCAAAUAUGGGAAACUUUUCUUUUCGGGGCUAUUCAAGAACUCCCUCAACAACGACGUAAGAUGACAUAUUACUAAUUUUGAUUGUUCAGGUGGUAUGUCAUUAUUUUAAAGUACUGGUCAAGUCGAUUACAAGCAAUAACAAGUCGUAUUCGUUCGCCACUUUGUUCCUUUCUGUUCAGUACAUUCAACCAGCAUCACAAUUUAUUCAGAAUGCCUUUUCUUUUGUUUCUACAUUCCUUUCAAGGUUGAAUGUAAGUGCGAAGUAAUUCUUCAUGGGAUGUUUUUUUGCUGUUUUAGGUUGAGCACAUAGUCCAAUUGAAGAUGGCGAUUUCUUUGAUAGAAUUUUUGGAUGUUUAUAGUGAUCCUUCUCAAUGGGGCGUAGUAAAAGAACCGGCCAUUCGGAAAGUUAUGGAAAGUCUUUGCCUAAAAAUGAUUCAUGGGCUGAUGGAUAAGGUCGAAUUUAUUAACCUUUCAGUACGUAUCAGUUUAUUGUUGGGGUAUUUUAGACUGUCAUUUCUAAUGGACUUAAGGGAACGAAAACGGCGCUUCCCCAUAAUUCUUUGAAUCAUCUGGCCUUGUUCGUAUUCAGGUAAUUAUUCCAUUUAAUCAAGUAGUUAUGUUUAGAAUCCUAAAAUCAAAUGCGUGGUCAGAAGAAGGAAUUGACAUGCUGCUGGAUCGAAUCUUUGUUUGCCCCGCCUUCUAUUCUGCCUUGACACCUGACGUAAAUUUGAAUACCUUGGCUUUAUGUAUUUAGACCCUCCAAAACUUUGAACCGGAGCUUGUGUUUAAACGGAUUUUGUCGAGAUCAACUAAUGGAAAGCUAGCAUUGGAUAAUGUUGUCGUGUCCGUUAAUUUCCUGGGCAAUUUUGUAGAAUUAACAAUUACGACAAAGGGAUUAUUUGACAGAAACGUGGAGGCAUGGACUUCAGCUGUUAAUUAUAUCCUGGAACAUUGCCAGGAGAGAGUCUUCAACAAAAAGUAUUUCCAUUCUGUUCUGGGAUGGACUGGUCAGCGACUAGAUGAAGGGUGAGGGAUAAAGAAGUAAAAUGACGUGUCAUUUAGAUCCCAGGCAGCUUCGAAUCGAGUACAGUAUCAAGUCGAAUUGUUAUGGUCAAAAAAUAUGGUGGAUCAAUUGUUUGGUGUUAUCCUUAAAUCAAACGCCAUGGAUGAGAAGAAGACGACGAAAACUCAGCAAAAGGAAAGCUCCGGCUUUGAUUUUGUGCAAAGUUAGUUUUUAAUUUCAAUUUUGUUAAGAUUUAGAAGUCAUCAAGGUAAUGUCGGCUAAAGGAGUUCCGUCAACCGUUGAUUUGCCCAACAAUAUUCAGAUCGCGGAGGUCUGCAAGUUGUAUCAGAUAUUAAUAACGACUUUCCGAGCUAAGAAACCGGACGUUCUAAGCGGUAUGUUAAUCGUUUACGCGACUUAUUGCUAGUGAGUACAUUGAACAAAUAAUUAUUUGUAGGGUUAUGUCGGAAUGAGAAGAUCCUUGCAAGUUUGUGGGAGUUUAUAAACGAAGGAGGGGUCGAGAGCUACUGGAAACUACUAACAUUGGAUCCGAAUGUCAGCUUGCCCUACUCUUCACCUUUAGAAUUAUUUGCAGAAGCCGCGCAUUCUCUGAUUUCGUGAGUGUGUAUGUUUAGUGUUUGAAUUUGUUUAGAAUUCUGGACGAAAAAGAAUUGUAUGAGAAUCAGAAGCCGUUUACUUUGAAGCAUCUUUGCGAGAUAUCUUCCUUUCUUAAUACUUUUUGUUUUCGGUGUAUCUGGGAGGAAAUGUUGCGUAAGUUGAGCAUCUACAUAGAAAGUUUCUCUCAGAUUACGAUGACCAGCAUCCAGCUGAUAUCCUCUUUCAAAGUGUGUACCAAUUAAAUUCGUUGUUGUUGAUGAGAGACAGCAGGAAAUCUUUUGCUCCAACGAACGACUUCUGGAUUGUCAAGUAGGUCCUAGUUACGGUUAUUUUUUAUUUAAUUUGUUUGUUUUAGAGAUGUAAAAGCUACACAAAUUGUAGCUGAAUUUGAGAAAGGCACAACAAGAUCUCAACGUUUAAUGCAGAUGCUUCCUCAUUCCGUCUCGAUAAAACAACGAAUCCUUCUCUUCAGAAAACUAAUCCAAAAGGACAAGUCGUCUGUAAGGCAUGAAGCCAAGAUUAUCGAAGUUCACCGUGAUCGACUUCUGGAGGACGGGUUUGUUCAACUCUCGGAUCUGAGCUCAAGAGAGUUGAAGGGGAUCAUCCGGGUGAAGUUCGUUAAUUAUCAAGGAUUGCCCGAAGUCGGGAUUGAUCAAGAUGGCGUCUUCAAGGAAUUCUUGGAGCUAACCCUGAAGAAAGUGUUCGAUCCCGGGCUUAAUUUGUUCAAGAACACUGCAAACAACGUACUCUAUCCUUCAUCAACAUCAUACAUUCACGAGAAUCAUCUGAAUCUAUUCGAGUUUGUUGGGAAGAUGCUCGGAAAGGCAGUAUACGAAGGGAUAUGUAUUGAUUUACAUCUGGCUCCAGUACUGUUGGCAGCUGUGUUGAAGAAAAAAUUGUGGGCUUUUGACGAAUUGUCAUCGCUAGACCCAGAGUUGUACAAGAACCUCACCUUUGUCAAACAUUACGACGGAGAUGUUGAAGAUCUCGGAUUAACGUUUGCCUUCAGUGAAGAAGUUCUAGGAAAGGUAAGCGGUCUACAAGUAUUACGAGAUUUGCAGGUAGAAACACAUGAAUUAAUUGCUGGAGGAGGGAAUAUUACUGUUAAUAAUAUUAAUAAGUAAGUCUGUGGCGGAAGAGUUGUAAUCCUUCAGGAUAUCUUACAUACAUCGAAUGGCCUUGUAUCGAGUUGUGCAUCAGACUCAGGAGCAGUGUCAGAAAUUUGUUGAAGGGUUUCGAGCCAUCAUCGCUCCACAACUCCUCAGUCUCUUCACUCCAGUCGAGUUGCAGUAUCUAGUAUCGGGGCAGAAUGAGUAAGUGCAGUAGGUGUUGCAUUCGAACGGCUAAAUGUAUCCUUUCCAGCGACAUCGAUUUGGAUGACUUGAAAAGACACACGCAAUACUUUGGAGGAUUCCACAGCAAUCAUCGAGUUAUCCGAUGGUUAUGGGAGGUAUUAGAGAAAGACUUUACACCAGAAGAAAGGCAUUUGUUCUUGAAGGUACGCACAAGAGGGGCUGUAAGAUGAUCAAUUUCAGUUUGGAACAAGUUGCUCUAGACCCCCUCUUCUCGGAUUCGCUUAUCUUGAGCCUCCAUUUUCUAUUCGAUGUGUGGAAACGUCCGAUGAUAAUGUAAGAAUAUAAAUCAGUACAUUGAAACCGUAUUUUAGGAUCAAGGAGAUACCCUUGGCUCGGUAAUUCGAGGGUUUUUGGCCAUAAAGCGUAAGAAUCCGAACAGAUUACCUACGGCUUCUACCUGCUUUAACCUCCUAAAACUUCCUAACUACGCGAAGAAAUCUAUUCUACUUGAGAAAUUACGGUAUGCCAUUCACGCAGAAACUGGGUUCGAACUCAGCUAG